AUGACCGCCGUCUUCGUGGUGCUGCUGACCGUCAACCUGCUCAAGGGCGGCGGUGCCUUCGACAGCCCCGUGGGCAUCGUGUGCGGGUCGUUUUCCUUCUGGGCGACCUCUGUCCUGUCCUUCGUCUACCUCGUGGGGGUCUCUUUGUACGUGCGGAGGUAUCUCGUCAACAGGUGGGUCUUGAAGGCGGAGGUGGGGUUCGAGUACGUGGAGGGAGACGUGGAGUGGACGCCGCUGAACACGAUCAGGUACCCUUGCAUCUGCUUCUUCGCCGGCUUCUUCGCGGGCAUGUUUGGCGUCGGCGGGGGGAUCGUCAAGGGGCCGCUUAUGCUGGAGAUGGUUCGGCGCGUUGGUGAGGAAGAACUUCCUCGCCAAGAGGCGCUCCAAGCUCCAGCUGAGGAAGCUUGUCGCGGUGACCAUGGCCACACUGGUGGCGGAGACACCUAG